CUUUCAGCCCACAGUGAAGGCCUGUGGGCCGAGAUGCUGAAUUAUUGUUAGAAGGGUACACUUACACCCAGGUGAGGCAAGGGCUGUGGUGUCCCUGUGACCAGCGAAGGUUGGCUAACAUCCUGGUCCUCAGAGGCUCCUGUCAGCCUCUGGAGGUGGGGGUGCAAGUGGGAGACUGCCUCACCAGCUGCCUCCCUCACCAGCACUGUCUUUGGCACCUGGGAGGCACCUUUCUAUAUUUGGUGAAGCCUUAGGGACCCUGACUUUAUCGUUGGACAAGGACUAACCCCAGGCAAAAGGAGCUGGCAGAAGGUUGUAGCUUCUUCCCCAUGUCCUGGGACACACACCCUCCUGCACUGGUGACUCAGGGAAGAAAUGGAAUUAUGGAAACAGGAUGUGUGCUCAGGUUAGGGAGUAGACAACAAGGGGGGAGGGCUUCCUGGAUUCACUAAGCUCCAAUGCCCAGGUACCCCUGGCCUGAACAUAGGUAGGCAACAAGAUCACGGACUGGGCCCAGGGGGCUGCUGCCAUCCAGACCUGAGGCUGAGGUGUGGGCUGUGGUCCUGAAAGGAAACGUCCUCUCCCUCUUGCCUCAAGGCCUGCUAGCACCUGUGUCGAAAGGGGCCAUCCAUAGAAGGCUGGGCUCCAGUUAGGCCAAUCCCUCCCAGGAAGGUUCUUCCCCACCCACCCCUUCAUUAGGGGCAGGACAUCCACAGCCCCGCCUAUUGGGGAGGCCCACAAGAGCCUCCUGUGAGAUCCAGAAUAGUCAACCAGCUCAGCCCAGGCCAGCUACAGCCACCCAUGGGAAACAGCCAGUGUGUCCCUCAGGCCCCCAGGAGGCUGCGGGCCUCCUUCUCCAGAAAGCCCUCGCUGAAGGCAAACAGAGAAGACAACACGAGGAAGCUGGCUGGCUUGUUUGGUGUGGAGGCUGGCCCAGAGGGAGACACAGCGGCUGACAGGAUCUUCUGCUACAUCCCUGGGACGGAUGUCCCAGGCCUUGAAGGCCGGCCAGAAGGCCCAGAGCAGCCAUUCCUGAGUGUCUUCAAGAAAGGGCGACGGCGGGUGCCUGUGAAGAACCUGGGCAAGGUUGUGCACUAUGCCAAGGUCCAGCUGCAGUUCCAGCACAGCCAGGAUGUCAGUGACUGUUUCCUGGAGCUGUUCCCCUCCCACCUAUACUUCCAGGCCCAUGGCGCCGAAGGACUCACAUUCCAGGGGCUGUUACCACUGUCAGACCUGAGCAUCUGCCCACUUGAGGGGUACAGAGAGCAUGCCUUCCAGAUCACAGGCCCACUGCCUGCGCCCCUCCUGGUUCUCUGCCCCACUGAAGCUGAGCUCAGCAGCUGGCUCUACCACCUGGAGAAGCAGAUGGCCCUAGUGAGGGGACUGCAGCACUGCCACAUAACACUCCUACAGGGCUCCCCUGGAGAUGAGCUCCCCUGGACUCUGCAGCACUGUCUGAGCCGGCUGCCAAGGACAUCAGGGCGAGAGACCCUAGGCGGCGCCAUCUGUGCCUCAAGGGUCAAGCUGCAGCACCUGCCCUCCCAGGAGCAGUGGGACCGGCUCCUGGUUCUGUACUCGGCAUCCCUGGCCAUCUUCUCUGAGGAGCCAGAUGGGCUCAGCUCUCAGGGGGAGCUACCACUCAGUGCCAUCCACAUCAACCUGGAAGAGGAGGAGAAGCAGAUUCGUUCCUUCCUAAUUGAAGGCCGCCUCAUCAACACCAUUCGUGUAGUAUGUGCCAGCUAUGAAGACUAUAGCCAUUGGCUGCUUUGCCUUCAGACUGUUUCCCGCAAGGAUGGGGUGCCUUUGCUGUCCAACCUUGAAAGCCACCCAGGGCUUCAGGAGCCCACACAGGUUGUGGGUGGUGGCCGAGGUUCACUCUCCUUGGAUGGACGGACCAGCUGGGACUCGGGGUGCACAGCACCAUCCUCCUCCUGCACCAGCCACUUCUUCCCUGAGUCUUCCAUGAGGCCCACUGUGCACUGUCCUGCCUGGCCUAUACCUGAUCAGGCCCACCCUGACUGUGCCAGUGUCGGUCAAAGAAGGACAGAGCUGAGACGUGGUGGCAGCAGUCGGUUAUCCAGGAACAAGGCCCAAAGGGAAGCCCCCGGCCCAUCAGCACCGCUGCACCUGCGCCUGGAUCUGACCCAGUUGGAUAGGCUAAGGCUGGAAGGUAGACCAGAAGCCCCAGAGCACUCUCUGGAGACUCCACACUCCCCGCUCUAUGCCGACCCUUACACGCCACCUGCUGCCUCCCACCCAAAGAUCACAGAUGUCCAGGGCUUGGAUGAGUUCCUUAGUGCAAUGCAGAGCUCACCUGGACCCGAGCCUUCAAGCCCCCUCCCCUCAGCCACUACGUCUGAGCCUGUGUCUGGCCCCACCUCCAGACUCUCCAGUCCCUCUGGCCCUCCAGAUCCCCAUUUGCUUUCCAAGAAGGGAGCCUUACAGUCGCGAGCUUCUCAGAGGCACCGAGGCUCCAUCAAGGGCCAGAGGCCACGGCCCUCAGACUCCCCUCAAAUUGUCUCCCCUACCAAGGAAGGUUCAUCCAACCCUCUGCCUCCUCUCUCAGAUGGCGAGUCCUCCAUCUGGAACAAGACUUCAUCUUCCUCCAACCAGAAGUGGCCCCAGCUCAGAAGGCCUGAGCCAGAGGCGGGGUUCAUCCAGUGGAUCUGAUGGCUCCCUGGCAGGGCUGUCUCUCAGAACCAUAACCUGCCAGUGCCAGCCCUGCCAGGGGAUCUGCAGUGGUCCCAGCACCUGGUUGCCCCACAUCAGCUCCAUAGUCAGGGUCUACCCCCAGCAGGCCAAUUGUACCUCCAGAACCCUGAGGGCAGAGUCACCCCACUCUGGUCUGGAAUAGCCAGGAGAAGAUACCUCAUCCCUAGGGACACGCUGGUCAGUAUGGCUGACCACAGCUCAGGGAAGGACAGCAGAGAGGUCCUGGAAAGUCACAGGAAUGUCCCUACAGCUCUGAAUCCAAGAAGAAAUGGAUGAGAGGCCCUGAUAAGAGAGAGAUGCCUGGAGUGGGGAUAGUAUGGGUGUGAAGGGCAGAGGGCUGAGACAGCCUGAUAGGGUCAGAGUAUGUGAGGUCAGAAGGCACAAGGGUCGGGGGUCAGCAAGGUAUAAGCU